GUUAACGUCAGUAAAGUCCAGAGAAGAGAAUCGAAACAGAAACUGAUCUGUGGGUGGAAGGCAAUACUUAAAGCUCCCUGCGAGGGUGAACGUCCCAGCGGUGGCAGAGCGGGAGAGUGGUCCCGGAUCUGUGCCCGCCAGCUGCAGCGCGUUCCUGGCUCAUCUGCAACCUCCCGGGUGCCACCGAUCGAUCCCCUGCUUGGUGGCUAACUGGUACCUGCGGCUCCCAGGCAGCUAGGCGGAAGACCCAGUCACUCCCACCUGUGGAUCCGCCCGCCCAGGAGACUUCUCUCUCUUUCCCUGAGAACUCACGAUGUCGAUUGUCUGUUCUGCAGAGGACAGCUUCAGGAAUCUCAUCUCAAUCUUCAGGCCCAGGGUGAAAAUGUACAUUCAGGUGGAGCCGGUGCUGGACUACCUCCUCUUUCUGCCCGCAGAAACCAAAGAGCAGAUUCUUAAAAAGGUCACCACCUGUGGUAACACCAGCGCGGCAGAACUGCUGCUGAGCACCUUAGAGCAGGGACAGUGGCCCCUGGGAUGGACGCAGGUGUUUGUGGAGGCCCUGGAGCACAGUGGCAACCCCCUAGCUGCGCGCUAUGUCAGACCCACACUCACUGAUCUGCCUUCUCCUUCCUCUGAGACUGCCCACGAUGAGUGUCUCCACUUGCUGAACCUCCUUCAGCCCACUUUGGUGGACAAGCUUCUGAUUAACGAUGUCUUGGAUGCUUGCUUCGAGAAGGGACUGCUGACAGUCGAGGACAGAAAUCGGAUUUCUGCUGCGGGAAACAGUGGAAAUGAGUCAGGUGUAAGAGAACUGCUGAGAAGGAUCGUGCAGAAAGAAAACUGGUUUUCUACCUUCCUGGAUGUUCUUCGCCAAACUGGAAAUGAGGCACUAUUCCAAGAGCUGACAGGUGUGGGCUGCCCAGAAGACAACGCAGACUUGGAUAAUUCGUCUCACAGAGAUGGGCCUGCAGCUAGUGAGCCCCUUCUGCCUGCUGUCGAUGAGACAAGUCUGGAGACAGAGACCUGGAACACAGAGGACACUUCACCAGAAGUUUCUUUUGCAGAUUCUUCUGUGACCACAGAAUCAGACACAAGUUUGGCAGAAGGAAGUGUCAGCUGCUUCGAUGAAAGUCUUGGACAUAACAGCAACAUGGGCAGGGAUUCAGGCACCAUGGGAAGUGAUUCAGAUGAAAGUAUCAUCGGGACAAAAAGAGCAUCUCCUGAACCAGAACUGCAGCUCAGGCCUUACCAAAUGGAAGUGGCCCAACCAGCUCUGGAAGGGAAGAAUAUUAUUAUCUGCCUCCCCACGGGGAGUGGGAAAACCAGAGUGGCUGUUUACAUCACCAAAGAUCACUUAGACAAGAAGAAGCAGGCGUCUGAAUCCGGGAAGGUUAUCGUCCUUGUCAAUAAGGUAAUGUUAGCAGAACAACUUUUCCGAAAAGAGUUCAACCCAUUUUUGAAGAAAUGGUAUCGCAUUAUUGGAUUAAGCGGCGAUACCCAGCUGAAAAUAUCAUUUCCAGAAGUUGUCAAAUCUUACGAUGUUAUUAUCAGCACAGCUCAAAUCCUUGAAAACUCCCUCUUAAAUCUGGAGAGUGGAGAAGAUGACGGUGUGCAGCUGUCAGACUUUUCCCUCAUUAUCAUUGAUGAGUGUCAUCACACCAACAAGGAGGCAGUCUACAACAACAUCAUGAGACGGUAUCUGAAGCAGAAGCUGAAAAACAACAGCCUCAAGAAACAAAACAAACCACCAGUUCACCUGCCACAGAUACUAGGACUGACAGCUUCACCUGGUGUCGGAGCAGCCAAAAAGCAAUCUGAGGCUGAAAAACAUAUUUUAAAUAUAUGUGCCAAUCUCGAUGCCUUUACCAUUAAAACAGUGAAAGAGAAUCUUGGUCAACUCAAACACCAAAUAAAGGAACCAUGCAAGAAGUUUGUGAUUGCUGAUGACACCAGAGAAAAUCCAUUCAAAGAGAAACUUCUAGAAAUUAUGGCAAGCAUUCAAACUUACUGCCAAAAGAGUCCAAUGUCAGAUUUUGGAACACAGCAUUAUGAGCAAUGGGCCAUUCAAAUGGAAAAAAAAGCUGCUAAAGACGGAAAUCGCAAAGAUCGCGUCUGUUUGGAACAUUUGCGGAAGUACAACGAAGCCCUACAAAUCAACGACACGAUCCGAAUGAUUGACGCGUACAGCCACCUGGAAACGUUCUACACUGAUGAGAAAGAAAAGAAGUUUGCAGCCCUCAACGACAGCGACGAGAGUGACGAUGAGGCCAGCAGUCGCAAUGACCAACUUAAGGGCAAUGUAAAGAAGUCUUUGAAACUGGACGAAACGGAUGAAUUUCUCAUGAAUUUGUUCUUUGAUAACAAGAAAAUGUUGAAAAAACUAGCUGAAAACCCAAAAUACGAGAAUGAAAAACUCAUUAAAUUAAGAAACACAAUACUGGAACAAUUCACAAGGUCUGAAGAGUCCUCCCGAGGAAUUAUUUUCACAAAAACACGGCAGAGCACCUACGCACUUUCCCAGUGGAUUACGGAAAAUGCGAAGUUUGCGGAAGUUGGAGUCAAAGCCCAUCACCUCAUCGGAGCGGGACACAGCAGUGAGGUCAAGCCCAUGACUCAGACUGAACAAAAAGAAGUCAUUAGUAAAUUUCGCACUGGGGAAAUAAAUCUGCUUAUCGCUACUACAGUGGCAGAGGAAGGCCUGGAUAUCAAAGAAUGCAAUAUUGUUAUCCGUUACGGCCUUGUCACGAACGAGAUAGCCAUGGUCCAGGCCCGGGGUCGAGCCAGAGCCGAUGAGAGCACGUACGUCCUGGUUACCAGCAGUGGCUCGGGAGUUACUGAACGGGAGAUUGUCAAUGAUUUCCGAGAGAAGAUGAUGUAUAAAGCUAUUAAUCGUGUUCAGAAUAUGAAACCAGAGGAGUAUGCACAUAAGAUUUCGGAACUGCAGGUGCAAAGUAUCUUGGAAAAGAAAAUGAAAAUCAAAAGAAGUAUUGCAAAGCAAUACAUUAACAAUCCAUCAUUAAUAACACUUCUCUGCAAAAACUGUAGUAUGCUGGUCUGCUCCGGAGAAAACAUCCACGUAAUUGAGAAGAUGCAUCAUGUCAAUAUGACGCCGGAAUUCAAGAGACUCUAUUUUGUAAGAGAAAACAAAGCACUGCAAAAGAAAUUUGCUGAUUAUCAGACAAAUGGAGAGAUUAUCUGCAGAUGUGGCCAAGCAUGGGGAACAAUGAUGGUACACAAAGGUUUAGAUUUGCCUUGUCUUAAAAUAAGGAAUUUUGUAGUCAAUUUCAAAAAUAACUCAUCGAAGAAACAGUACAAGAAGUGGGUGGAAUUGCCUAUCAGAUUUCCUGAUCUUGAUUGCUCUGAGUACUGCUUGUAUAGUGAUGAAGACUAGCUCUUAAUUCAUGAUUAUUUUAAAAUGUUGCCAACUCAACAUUGAAUAUGAUUUUGACUGAUGUUUUUAUUACACUAUGGAACUAACUCUAGAAUAUGUAAAUGAUGUUUUUGUUUUGCUUUUAGUGAUGUAAAGAAACACCAAAAUAUGCAUGCAUAUUAUUGGUUGGUAAAUGUAAUUGUUAAUCAAAAUUGUCAAUUUGAUGAGUUCUAAAAUCACCUGGGCUCUGGGAAUGCCCAUGAGGCAUUGUCUUAAAUUAAUUAAGGAAGACUUGUCCACUGUGGGUGGUCCCAUUCUCCAGGCUUGUGUCCAGGACUGUAUAAAGCUGAGAAAACUAGUUGAACCCACAUUUGCUGUCAUAACUCUGUGCAAUUGAUUGUGCAAUGCAGUGUGACAAGCUACCUCAAGCUCCUGUCACUGUGGUUUCUGCACAGUAAUGGAUUAUAAUCUCAAACUGCGAACUACAAUAAAUCAUUUCUUCCAAA